UUUAAGUAGACUAAUAUCAAAGAAAGGCAAAGAAAUAUCCUGCGUACCUGCUAAAGUGAAUGAAAAACAAGUCCAAAUCAUUUUCAAGAAAAGUCGCACUUGUGCAUUGCACGACUCGCUGGCUUGCGUAGUCAACAUCCCGACUGUGAUUUGAUCUCUCAACCAUAAGGAACACCAUCGACGACGAAAACCUACAAACAUCCCUGCACAAGAUAACUAUUAAUGACAAUGCAUAACUGAACAAGUGUCGAAAAAACUUAAGGGAAUUAGGAAUUGAUAUUAUGCCAACACAUGUCAACAAAUAUCUGUAAAACUCAGACUAGUAUCUCAUAAUGUCAUACCAAUAUUCGUCCUUUUACAAAAACAUAUCCUGUCAGGCCAUGUCAAUAUCGGCCCAAAAAACUAUCCCGACUAUGAAUUGAUCUCUCAACCAUAAGGAACACCAUCGACGAUGAAAACCUACAAACAUCCCUGCACAAGACAACUAUUAAUGACAAUGCAUAACUGAACGAGUGUCGAAAAAACUUAAAGGAAUUAGGAAUUGAUAUUAUGCCAACACAUGUCAACAAAUAUCUGUAAAACCCAGACUAGUAUCUCAUAAUGUCAUACCAAUAUUCAUCCUUUUACAAAAACAUAUCCUGUCAGACCAUGUCAAUAUCGGCCCAAAAAACUAUUUUAUGAGCCUUCGGCCCAUGGGCCCUCGGCGGGCGGCCCUUACUAGGCUGCAAGCCACCAUCCCAAAAUCUUCCUUCCUUUUUCAAGUUCCCGCCCAAAAUUCCGGGCCGCCCAAAACACUGCCCACCUCCCGCCCUAAAAUUCGGGCCGCCCAAAAAACUACCCACUUCCUCCGCCCAAAAGUUCGGCUCGCCCAAAAAAUGGAAACGGCCCCCCUCCUCUCUCCUCGGCGGAUAUAUGUGUCUGUGAGUAUCUACUCACAGUUUAACCUGUGAGCAGUUUAACUUUUUCGACAGAUUUUGCUUCUAUUGACAAGGGAUUAAACCUGAAGUGGUUGUGCUACCGUUUUUGUUGCAGGCACAGAACUGUCUCAUUACUGUAGAUACAAAUUUCAUGUAGUCUCCCUUUUCAUUCGAUUGUCAAGCUGUACUACUAAUUUGGUACAAAAUGCUAUAUAGAUCAAUAAUCGACGUUUAGAGCUUCUGGGAACGACACAUAGCACAGUUGAACAAAAUCAACAAUAGAGAAAUAAGAAGCCGAACACAAUCUCACUAUUGUUGGUGGUUAAGAAUACCCAACGGCACCAUCCACUGAUAAGAUGUUGAUCCAUUCAGGCUGGCUUUAAUUUUGGACAUUGGCUAAUGGAAUCUAUUAGUCUAGCUCUUCCAAAUAAAUUUAUAUCCAAUUCUUGAUCUAAAUUCUUGAUUUGAUUCAAUUAGGUCACCCUAUCCAAUUAUGAGAAAUAUCAAAGAACGGUUCGGUCCAAACUUUACAUAGGAUCCGGAUACGGUUUAUUCAUUAGUUACUCUAAUGGACUAGACAUACACUAAAGCAAGAGCUAAGAGUCCUAACUACGAGUAGUAAUCUUCUUCUAAUCCUAACCGAACACUACUUUUCAUGGGAAACCCAAAGAGGCAACACCAUCCCCAUGUCGAAUUCGUAGUUCCAUAACGAACCUGAAAACCUGUACAAAUCCUGUGGAAUAUUCCCCUGACUCUCUCAGAUAAAGAACUAUCAGUCCGACAUCGAGUCAGAAAAGGCAGACACAUGACAGUCCUAUAAAUAAAGCCAUCCCGAGCUUCGAUGUCCAAUCUUGUGGCCAACAACAGUAAUCUUACAACGAAAAAAUCGAACAUGGGUCUUAAGCGCUCGUCGUCUUCUUCGUCGUCGUCACUGUUCCUCGGCUUUCUGGUUGCUCUGUUUUUGGUUCUGAGUAACUCAGCCGUGGUCUGCAAUGCCGGCGAGACCAGCAGCUUCGUCAGGAGAGAGGCCAAGUCCGUCGACAUGCCUCUGCAUAGCGACGUUUUCCAGCCACCCUCUGGCUACAAUGCUCCACAGCAGGUACACAUCACGCUAGGAGAUCGAGAUGGGAGCGCAAUGAUCGUGUCGUGGGUGACCAUGGAUGAACCCGGUUCGAGUGAAGUUGUUUACUGGAAGGAAGACGAGAGCUCAGUCAAGAAGUAUGCUCACGGGAAACACAAGAGUUACAAGUUCAAUGACUACACUUCUGGCUACAUUCACCAUUGCACCAUCCGAAAAUUGGAGCAUGAUACCAAAUACUACUACGAAGUUGGAAUUGGCCACACCGUGAGACGAUUCGUGUUCACAACGCCUCCACCGGUUGGCCCGGAUGUCCCUUACACAUUCGGCAUGAUUGGUGAUCUUGGUCAGACUUUCGAUUCGAACAUCACACUCACCCACUACGAGAAGAACCCUAGGAAACCACAGGCUCUGCUGUUCGCGGGCGAUCUCUCUUACGCCGAUAACUACCCGAAUCACGAUCAGCACAGAUGGGACACAUGGGGAAGGUUCGUCGAGCGGAGCGUCGCUUACCAGCCAUGGAUCUGGUGCGCUGGAAACCACGAGCUCGACUUCGUCCCCGAAAUUGGUGAAACUCAGCCAUUCAAGCCUUAUCUGCACCGAUUCCAUGUCCCUUUCAAAGCAUCUGGAAGCACUUCUCCUCUUUGGUACUCUGUCAGGAUAGCUUCAGCACAUAUAAUCGUCUUGUCUUCAUACUCUGCAUACGGUAAAUACACACCUCAGUACCAAUGGCUGAAAACAGAGCUGACCAAAGUGAACAGGACGGAGACGCCAUGGCUGAUUGUGAUGCUGCAUUCGCCAUGGUACAACAGCUACGACUACCACUACAUGGAAGGCGAGACGAUGAGGGUCAUGUUCGAGUCGUGGCUCGUGGAUGCGAAAGUCGACCUCGUCAUCGCUGGCCAUGUUCACGGCUACGAGCGAUCUGAACGUGUCUCCAAUGUGGCUUACAACAUCGUGAACAAGCAAUGUAGUCCGGUGAAGAAUCAGAGUGCUCCUGUUUACCUCACAAUUGGGGAUGGUGGAAAUGUUGAAGGCUUGGCAAACAAGAUGACUGAACCGCAGCCGGAGUAUUCAGCAUUCAGGGAGGCGAGCUUUGGGCAUGCUAUUCUGGAUAUCAAGAACAGGACGCACGCUCACUAUAGCUGGCACAGGAACCAGGACGGCUAUCCGAUGGAAGCCGACACGAUGUGGUUCUACAACCGAUACUGGCACCCUGUUGAUGAAUCCAGAAGCAACUGAUCAUGAUUUUAGAUUAGACCAGCUUUCCUUUCGUUGAUCUCAUUGAGUAAUAAGUGAACAGUAUUUAGGGUUUCUGGUUUUCGGACAGGUUUUUUUCAGGCGCUGUUUUUCAUUCUGCUCUUUGGUAUUUUGCUGGGAGAUGUGUACAUUGCAGGGAACCAAUUGUACCUUUUGGUAGGGAAAGAAAGGAUUUUUAUUUGUUUCUGUUUGGUUGCCGUAGGAGUUCCCUUUUUUAUUUUGGGUUAUUAUUUGGAUUUAUUAUGUUUUGGAUUAUAGAUCAAUCAGGUAUCGCCUAAGCAUUAGACACUAAACAACAAAUGUUGCAUAGCAAAACAAAACAAGAGAAAAACAAGGCAGCACAAAUAGUUUGUAUCGUUAGAGUGAAUUAAUUAGAAAACCUGCAAAAUAUAGCAUCCGGAGAAUAAUAGUACAUUAUUUUG